AUGGCCAGAGCCAGUAGUCGCGAGCUGACCUUUCCAGACAUCACCGACCAGGUUGCAAAGGAGUCCUCAGACUCGAACGCCUCGGACCACCCUAUGCACCAGGUCGAAAACACCGCCACCAGCGGCGGCAAGGCCACUGCUCAGGACCACAGCGCCAACCCCGGCCCCGUCAUGGCUGAGGGUCUCGGCGAGCCUGCCAGCAAGGACGACCUCAAGAAGAGAGCUGCUGAGCUCAACAAGUAA